AGAGGAGAAAAGGAGGAGAGACUGAGGGAGAGGCGCAAACAAGGAAAAUCUCUCGAAUCUGAAACACAGCAAACCGACAAGAUGCAAAGCCUCAGAGAUCAAGACACUCUCAUCCCUCGGCCUCGUGGGAAUUUGCCUAAGGCGUGUGCUGCAACGCUAGCUGCCGUAACGAUGGGAGGCGUCGUGGUUCUGUUUCCUAACAGGCUAUUUGGCUUGGUUGCCAAGGCAAUACUCAUGCUGACCCUUGGCCCUUUGCUGCACGGACUCUGUCUGCUGGCAGAGGAGAUGUUGCACCACUACAACACGAGGUAUCGAGGUCGAGCGUUUCUGAGCCACAUGCUGCCAGCCUGUGGUUUUGGGGGUAAGACGCUGCUGGUUGCAGGGCUGGCAGGCCUCCUGCUGUACCUGGCUGGACACCCUCUUCCACACAAAGACCAGUACUGGCAUCUCCUCAUCCUGGUCUCUGUUCUUUAUCCACUGUUCAAAAGCCUGGGAGUCCUGGGUCCGUCGGAGGUGGAAGUGUCAGACAUCUGCGAGGGGAGGAAGAUGAACGUGGCCCACGGCCUGGCCUGGUCCUUCUACCUGGGCUACCUGCGACUGGUGUUGCCACAUUUGGAGGAUUCAAUUGCAGCCUUUCGUGCCACACACCAGUCCAGCAGCACCUGGAGGGGUCGCGGCUCCAGGAAGCUCCUCGUCCUCAUCCCUCUCAACGCCAACAUCUCACACAAGCUGGAGGAUGAGGAUGACAACAUCCGUUUCUAUGACAACCUCCCAAACAACGAGAUAGACAGGGCAGGAGUCCGGGGGCGAGUCUAUAAGCACAGCGUCUACAGAGUGCUGGAUGAGAAUGGGAAGGCCCAUGAGUGUGUGGUGGAGUACGCAACACCUCUGCUGACCCUCUACAGCAUGUCCCAGGAGAGCAGCGCCGGUUUCGGGGAGCCUGAGCGCAGACAGCAGGUCCUUCUCUUCUACAGGACCCUGCAGGACAUCCUGGAGCACUCGCUGGAGUGCCGCAACCGCUACAAGCUCAUCCUGCUCGAUGAUAAGCAUGAGGACGACCCUCACUUCUUGUCCAAGGCUAUCCUCCGACAUUUACAGCAGCAGGAGAAAGAGGAGUUCUGUCUCACCCCACCUCCUCACCAGGAGAUGGUGCACCCAUUAUCAAACAGUUCGAGCGCCCCGCCAAGUGCGCCGUCCAUGGACGGUGACUGGCACCACCCGGAGCCGAUGAGCAGGGAGCCCACGCUCAUGUUCAGUCUGGAGAAACCUCAGCCCCUGAAGGGACCUGUUGAGAACAGCGACUACUAGCAGACAGAAACCUGAACACAUGUUCAGGCACAGAGAGAGUAGUACUGAAACACACACACACACCUCCCACAACUUUCAGUGUAUUCCUGCUCUGUCACACUAUACUCUUGUAUCUUCUUGUAGCAGCUUCACAGAUUAGGGAUUUUAUAUAUAGAGUCUAGAAACAUAUGCAUACAGCUCAAUUUGGAUUAAAAGACAAUAAAUAAAUUUGGGAGUUG